AUGGCCGACUUUCAAACCAACCGCGACAACGAGAGCAUGAACCCAGCAGCUCCGAGUGUGCAGGGCGGCGAAGACCCAGCAAGGCCUGUUGAAGUCUCAGAUAGCAAGGUCGACUCCCCUACCGCAGAACCCUUGUGCAGCAAAGAGGAUGGUCUCAUGCCCACCGCCGAGCGCGCCACCGAGUUCAUAGUCGAGACAGUGAAGGAAGGCGCAAAGAGCGUCGCGUCUGUCGUGUCAAACAUCGCAACAGCCGUUGUCGACAGGGUCGAAAAGGCGGCCGACGACCGGAAAGACAGCGCCCUGGGCCCUUACUCUGACCAUGCCACCACUGCACCGAGCGAUAUGGAUCCUGUUGGAGAAGCUGUGCUUCUUGGACUGGAUAUGAAUGGCGAUGGAGAGAUCACGAGGGGUUGA